AUGCCCGAACUCAUGAAUGACGCAGAGAAAGCCGUGCCUGUUGGUGCGCCAAUGGCGCCCGAAGCAAUCGUUUCGCAGCCGCCCAACACGUUGAGCAAGACUGAAACCAGAGCGUCAGAAAUUUUCGACAGUAUGCCCAUGUGGCGCAAAUAUGUCAUCGUCUUCGCAACAAGUUGGACAACCCUCGCUGCAUGCUUCUCGAGCACUUCACUCCUCAGCGCAAGCACCGAGAUAGCAGUAGAUCUGCACACCACCCCCGAAGUCGUCAGUCUCUCAACAGCAGGCAUGCUUUUCGCCAUCGGGUUGAGUUCGUUUGUGUGGAGUCCCAUAGCUGCGAUUGUGGGGCGAAAGUUGGCAUACAAUGCUUGUGUCGCGGUACUAUUCAGUUUUACCAUUGGUGCCGCUGUCGCGCCAAACAUGCCCGUGUUUGUCACUAUGCGCGUGCUGUCUGGCUUGCAGGGUUGUUAUUUUCAUGUUGCUGGUCAGACUAUCAUCGCAGAGUACUUUCCUCCUGUUCAACGUGGUACUGCGAAUGGCUUCUUCCUUGCUGGAACAGUUCUGGGACCGCCUCUCGGUCCUUUGGUGGCGGGCAUCAUGAUGACCUACUCGACUUGGCGUAGUGUCCUGUGGCUGCAAGUCGCGAUGAUCGGUCUGGCUUUUAUGCUCGCGCUAUUCUUCGUCCCAGCGAGUAGGACAGAUGCGCCGGCGCUUACGUUGAACUUGCGUGGACGGACUGCGUUGGCUCAAUUCAACCCACUGCCAGUCUUCAAGCAGAUGACCUACCCAAAUAUCAUCAUGACGCAUCUGAGUUGUGGCUUCCUUAGCUGGUCGCAAUACUCAAUCCUCUCCGCACCUCGUCAUAUCCUCGUUACCCGCUUCGGCCUUACAUCCCCACUGUCCUCCGGCCUUUUCUAUCUCGCGCCCGCGACUGGCUUUUUGCUUGGCACAAUAGUUGGAGGACGCUACUCGGACAUGACGGUAAGGCGAUAUAUCAAAAUACGUGGUGAGCGACUACCACAAGACCGGUUGAACGCGGGGAUGCUAUCUUUCUUCCUGGUGAUUCCCACAGCGUCUCUCGUGUAUGGAUGGGGUCUGCAAUAUGGACCGACGUCAAGAGCCGCUCUUGCACUACCGAUCGUAACGAGCUUCUUUACGGCGGCUGGACUCCUGGCCGCUUUUGCGAGCUUGAACACGUAUUGCGCUGAAGCGUUCCCGAAAAAAAGGAGAGGAGUAAUUGCGGGCAAGUACCUUGUCCAGUACACAUUCUCGGCUUGCUCAAGUGCUGGUGUGGUGCCCUUGAUGGAGGCUAUCGGCAUCGGCCCAACUGCUACCAUCAGUACCGUGCUGGUAUUGGCGGCUGGUGGGUUAACGUUCGUAACGGCUAGGUAUGCCAGCUCCAUGGUUGAACGAGUGGAUGCAAAGGAUGCUCGUCCUCGAGCAGCAUGGAGUUGGCCGAAGAUGAUUUCAACGGAAGCAGUGUUUCCUAUCGCCACGAUUGGUCCUCGGCGUUAG